CUUCCCUUGAAGAAACGAAGAUAAAUGUGAAUCGGCGACUAUGGAAGACGAAUCGUUGCAGAAGGUUGCGAUUUCAGGGCCAAUCUUAGCCUCUUUGAUCCAACGCUGCUCCUCCUCCUCCUCCGGCGCCGUUGAUGGUCUUCUCUUCGGCCAUGUCUCCGAAACUACGCCCUUAUCCCUCUCCGAUGAUUCAUCUUCUUCAUCCAACAUCGAACCAUCGGUACGUGUCGCCACUGUCACCGGAUUUCUCUGCUCUGGUACCACCAAUAGCUUUUACGAUUCUUCUGGACAAGUAGAUUCACAAUUGCUUAACCGCCUUCUCGGCCGAAACCUGUCCGACGGCCAAGCUCAACCUAACGAUUCUUUGGUCGGUUGGUUUUCCGGCCGCCGGAGAACUCAGCUUCGACCUUCCAUGCGUGAAUACUUAGUGAGUUCCUCUCUGUCUUCGAUGAAGCAAUUGUCGUUUCCUGUCAAAGACUCUGUGAAACCUACCAAUCUAAUCCCUAGUUUGUUUCUGCUUCUGACUUCGCCGAUAUCUGAUCAAAUUAUCCACACACACGAGUACCGUGCUUUUCAAUUUCGGUCCUCCAAUCAGUUCUUUGAGCCGAAAUCAAUUGACAUUGUGAACAUCGGACCGGCAUUUCGUGGCCACUAUGGAUCGUUUACCCCUAAUUCUCCUUUCCCUCAUUUUCCUUGCGAGAUGAGAGCCUCUCCGAUGAAUGUAGAUAAGAUUGAUGGGAAUUUGAAUGUGAUGAAGCAAAACUUGAAAGAUCAGAAGCAACUGAAUAUGUGUGCUGAAGGAUUCGAGAUUGGGAACUUGACCCGGUUACUGGGUUCUGAGGCUGCAAAUUAUACUGCUGGGCUGGAGGAUUUAUACGAAAAAAUGCUUGCCAAGACUGAGAGCUUGGCACGGCUCGUUGAGAAGAGCUCUGCUCAGGUUCUUGAUCAGGAAAAUCACAACAGAAAGUUGAGAUAUAAACUUGCGAGGUACCCUGGAUUUGAGUAAGAAAUUUGUUCUUACUACUGGCGUUUUUGUUCAUCAGGAACUGCAAGAACAUCGACCUUGUAACGAAAUUACUUACUUUUGGCAUCAAAACCUGAAUGCUGCAUGCCGUUGACAUUAAAAUGGCGACUUUCUGAGCUGAAGGGAGCUACCAAGCAGACCUUUGAAGUCCUAGGAAUGAUCUCAAGUUUAGGCAGUAGUUUGUUUGGGGAAUAUCAAGCUAUAAUGAGUUGCCCCCACAACCUUUGCUGUGUGUAUGAGGUACAACCUUCUACAAUUUCAUUCCCUGCCUUUUGUCACUUGAAGAUUCACUCUGUUUGAUAUGUUUUCAUAUAUUCCAUACGAAAUGUUCUGUUCUUGAUUGGAUUCUUAUCAUUAUGUGGCUACUUGUGUUUUUAAAGAUCCCGUUCAGGAAAAAGCUUUUAUGUACUUACUUUCCAGCUCUAAGGUGCUGUUUGGGUGUA